GAAAGAAUCUGCCGGGAAACAGUGCACGUUUUCUACGUCCCACUUCUUUUCCCUCGUCGGAAAUUUCAGUCAUCCUUCCGAUUGGUUAUCCGAUCGACGGGUUGCUUAUCCGAUUGCUGGAACAUUAGCGCGACCCAAUUUCUUGUUGUCGUUGUUUUUCUUCUUCAGUCCCUCGUGGGUCCGUGGGAGGUUCAAGACCAGGGGUUUUGACGUGUUCUCUGUCGAAGAAUUCCGCGAAUCUAGGGUUUCAAUCCGAUCAUCGGUGGCUGUCGAGCCACAGAUGACAAUUCGUGUUUCAUUCAUCUGGCAGAACGAUGAAAUGGGUAUCGUUGCUUAGGGACAUCAAGGAGAAGGUCGGGUUCUCGCAGCCCCCCGCGUCCUCGCCCACCGCCACCGCCGCCGCUGGAGAGGACGACGCGUCUCCGCGGGAUGGCUUGUCCUCGCCCAUUGCAAGUGAAAAUAGAGAAAAAUAUGAGCUGGAGUUGGACUUCAAAAGAAAUUGGGAGUUAUUUCGAUCCUCCAGCUUGGAAAAGGAGAAGGAAGAUGCCCUUAAUGUAGCUGUUGAUAUCUUCUGCAGACUGCUGAAAUGGAAGACAGAUGUAUCGCAAGUGAUCAACAUAUUGUCUGAACCAUAUAUAUUCUCCUUUGUCAUCGCAAGGACAUUUGUUGCAGAUAUUGAAAAGCUGAAGAGUCUAAGCAAGUCAAAGUGCUUGCAUAUUUCUAGUAUAUUGGGUUUUUUUACCAAUUCCAUCAAGGAAAGCAUUAACCCUGGACUAAAUCUAUUGUAUGCAAUUCAGGCUUUGGUUUCUGGGCCUCUUGAUAAGCAGCCUCUUUUGGAUUCUGGAAUUCUUUGCUGUCUGAUUCAUAUUCUUAACGCUCUUCUCAGUCCUGAUAAUGAAAAUAAUCAAGCACAAGCGGCUGUCUCAGAAGCAUCAAUAUUACAGGAGAAACCACAGAAUAACAGUGUUACAGAAGCUCACCAACUUGAGGUUGAAGAGAUCAUGAUGCAUGUCAUGAAAGUGUUGGCAAACCAACCUUCAGCUGCACUGAGUUUGGUGGAGGAUAAUUCAUUGCAGCUUCUGUUUCAGAUGGUGGCAAAUGGCUCUUUAACUGUCUUUUCACGUUUCAGAUUGGGAUUCACUUCUUUUCGUUCCAUUCAGCUUCAUCGACAUGCUAUGCAGAUACUUCAUCUACUUCUGGCUAAUGACAAUGGGAGUACUGCAAACUAUAUCCGCAAGCAUCAUCUGAUAAAAAUACUCCUCAUGGCUGUGAAAGAUUUUAAUCCUGAGACUGGUGAUUCUACAUCUACAAUGGGGAUAAUUGUUAUACUUCUCGAGUGUGUGGAGUUGUCAUAUAGGCCAGAAGCUGGAGGGAUUAAGCUCAGGGAGGAUAUACACAAUGCACAUGGCUAUCAGUUUCUUGUACAGUUUGCUUUGAUAUUGUCUUCAUCACUGAAAGUUAAUUUAGUUGAUAGCAAGUCUGCUUCCAUGAACAGCAACAAUUCAGGUGGUUCACAUGCAUCUGGCAUGAUAGAGCAAACUUUUUCUGCCAGUCCUUUACAGUCCCAAAUUUUACCUUCACUGUCCUGGUUGCUUGAUCUCAUGGUAAAUCUAGCACAGACAGGGCCAGUUGAAAUUACUUCAGUUGGAGACAUAGCUCCCAAAUCAUCCAAUAGCAAGAUUCCUGGUCAUCAGAGACAAUUUUCUUUGGAGAAAAUUAAAGAUAGAAGGGAGAGAGGGAGUAACCAAGUGAAAGAUUUGGAAGCUGUCCAGAUGUUACAAGAUAUUUUUCUCAAGGCUGAGGAUGUAUAUUUGCAGGCCGAGGUACUAGAUAGGAUGCUUAAGAUAUUUUCCAGUCAUGUUGAUAACUACAAGAUAUGUCAGCAGUUGCGUGUGAUCCCUCUUUUUGUCCUGAACAUGGCAGAGUUUCCUGCUCUUUUGCAAGAAAAGAUAUUGAAGAUUUUAGAAUAUGCUGUGACUGUAGUUAAUUAUGUCCCUGAACAGGAGCUUCUUUCUCUUUGUUGUUUGUUGCAACAGCCAAUAGAAACGGAACUUAAGCAUUCUAUUCUUUCUUUUUUUGUAAAGCUCUUGUCCUUUGAUCAGCAGUACAAGAAUGUGCUUAGAGAAGUUGGUCUGUUGGAGCUUUUAUUGGAUGAUAUCAAGCAGCAUAAGUACCUCUGUGGUGUAGAGCAUCAAAAUGCAAAUUUUAGUGUUGAACAGAGUGUGCCCUUUUCAAGGAGUCUCACAAUACGGAAAGAUGACAGUGAUGCAAUCCUUUCUUCACCUAGGAUAGGAGGACCUGCUUCAGGGAAAUUUCGAGUCUUUGAAGAUGAAGGUACUAUCACUGUUGCAUGGGACUGUCUCAUUGCUUUAUUAAAGAAAUCGGAAGCAAAUCAGUCAACAUUUAGAAUGUCCAGUGGUGUUACUCUUAUUUUACCCUUCCUGACUAGUGAUACUCAAAGAAGUGGGGUUCUCCGGUUGCUUUCAUGUUUGAUCAUGGAAGAUGUUCAACAGGCUCAUGCAGAAGAGCUAGGCUCACUCAUUGAGAUCCUCAAAAGUGGUAUCGUUACAAGCAUAUCGGGAUUUCAGUAUAAACUGAAUGAUGAUGCAAAAUGUGACAUUUUGGCAGCUACUUGGCGUGUUUUGGGAGUUAACCAGUCUGCACAGAGGGUUUUUGGGGAAGCCACUGGAUUUUCGCUUCUACUUACAAUGUUCCCUAGUCUUCAAAGUGGAGCAGAGGAUGAUGAUGGUCAAUCUCCCUUGACCAUUCACAUGAAAUUAUUUUGUUUUUUGCUACGUGUUAUAACAGCUGGAGUAUGCAAUAAUGCCAUCAAUCGUAUCAGCUUGCAUGCAAUCAUAUCAUCUCAGACAUUUUCUGAUCUUUUAAAUGAAUCUGGUUUGAUUUGUGUUGAUUAUGAAAGAGAAGUUAUCCAGUUGUUGCUGGAGCUUGCCCUUGAAAUUGUGCUGCCACCUUCCUUUAUCGUUACUAUGCAGCAGGAGGAAAGUGUUCCAAUUCCAAAAAUUAUUGAACUUGGGGACUCAGGUUAUCUGAUUAGUUCAUCCUCUGGGAAUGACAGACUUGAUAAAGACCGAGUAUAUAAUGCAGGUGCUGUAGUAGUACUGAUCCGUUCACUAUUGCUUUUUACUCCAAAGCUGCAGCUUGAGUUGUUGAACUUUAUAGAAAAACUUGCUCAUGGUGCUUCCUUCAAUCAAGAAAAUCUGACGUUCAUUGGUUGUGUGGAGCUGCUUUUGGAGACAAUACAUCCAUUUCUUGCGGGUUCAUCUCCAUUACUAUUACAUGCUCUCAGAGUUGUGCAGGUACUUGGUGCAUACAGAUUGUCUUCAGCUGAGCUUCAAAUUCUACUUAGAUACAUCCUGCAACUAAAGCUGAUAAAUUCCGGCCACGUUCUCAUUGGUGUGAUGAAAAAGUUGGUCAAUAUGGAGGAAGUUACUUCAGAAAAUGUUUCGUUAUCACCUUUUCUGGAGAUGGAUAUGAGCAAGAUGGGACAUGCAUCCAUACAAGUAUCCCUAGGCGAAAGAACAUGGCCACCUGCUUUAGGAUAUUCAUUUAUCUGUUGGUUUUGGUUUAGUAAAUUCAUGAAUAAUACCGAGAAACAGGGGUGGCAAUCAAACAUUAGCACCAAAAUGGCCACCUCUGGUGGCAAGAACAUUGGCAAACAGGCAUUCCGGAUCUUUUCUGUUGGAAAUGUUGAAGAUGCUAAUACAUUUUACACUCAACUCUACCUUCAGGAUGAUGGUGUUUUCAUCCUUUCAAUGGGAAACUCUUCUUCUGUGUUAUUUCCCAGUGUCGAGCUUCAAGAGAAUAGAUGGCAUCAUCUUGCUGUUGUCUAUAGCAAACCAAAUGCCCUAGCUGGACUUUUCCAAGCCGGUGUAGCUUAUCUUUAUCUGAAUGGAAAGCUGAGACAGGCAAAGAAGUUGGGGUAUUCUCCAUCACCCGUGGGAAAACCAUUGCAGGUAACAAUUGGAACUCCCAUUUCUCAUGCUAAAGUUACUGAAUUAUGCUGGAGAAUGCGGAGCUGUUAUUUCUAUGAGGAGGUAAUUACCCCAGGUGCUGUCUUCUUCAUGUACCUUCUUGGAAGAAAAUACCAAGGACUUUUCCAAGACACAAAUCUAUUGCAGUUUGUACCAAAUGAGGCUUGUGGUGGAGACAAUAUGGCUAUACUAGAUUCAUUAGACUCAGAGUUGUCUGUGACGUCCAACAUCCAAAGGCCUGAUGGAGAUAGCAAGCAGGAAAGGCUUGGGCAGCAGGAAAGGCUUGGGGCACAUGGAAGUAGGAUGGUCUGGGACUUGGAAAGUCUACGUAACCUUUCAUUGGAGCUAUCUGGAAAGAAACUUAUAUUUGCAUUUGAUGGAACAUCUGGGUCCUUCCGAACAUCUGGUAUGCUGGCUACACUUAAUCUAGUUGAUCCUACAUCUGCCGCUGCGUCGUCAAUUGGUGGAAUUCCACGGUUUGGUCGUCUUCAUGGUGAUAUCUUUAUUGGCAGCCCAUGUGUCAUUGGGGAUAGCAUUCGUGCAGUUGGUGGUAUGACCAUCAUACUGGCUGUAGUUGAAGCUGCUGAGACUAGGGACAUGCUGCAUAUGGCGCUGUCUUUGCUUGCAUCUGCUCUCCAUAAGAACCCCAAGAAUGUGCAUGACAUGCGAGCAUGUCGAGGAUACCACUUACUUGCACUUUUCCUAUAUCGUAGGAUGGCACUGUUAGAUCUACAGUUGCUUAAUAUCCUUUUCCAAAUUGCUGCUUGUGAAGCUUCUUUUUGUGGAACAUGGAAACUGCAGCAAAAUGAAGGCAUGUCAAACAUCAGUCAAGCUUCUAUGGUUACAUAUGAUCAUGGUACAAUGGCGAGAUCUCCGGAUGAAUUUUUGGCAUUUGGUUUCCUGGGUGAUCUGGAAGGUUUCAUGGAAGAAAAGGAUUUAGUCAAUUGUAUUUCAGAGGUUGAAAGUGCUGGUCUGAAGCAGCAAAACUUAAACUGCAUGGUGUUGUCAAAUGUUGACAUGGUUGAGCAUGUUCUUCUGGACUGGACGUUGUGGGCAACAGCUACUAUUCCUAUUCAAAUUGCUCUUUUGAGAUUUUUAGAGCAUUUGGUUUUGAUGAAUUGGUACAGAAUUCAUAACCUGGCAAUCUUACGGCAGAUUAAUCUUGUCAAAUACUUACUUAUAACUAUGCAGAGAGAUGAUAUUGAAGUUACUGUGCUAGAAAAGCUGGUUGUCUUGUUGAGAAGUAUAUUAGGGGAUGGAUUUAUAGGUUCUGAAUUAGAACUUGUGGUCAGAUUUGUCAUUAUGUCAUUUGGUCCCCCAGAAUUGGCAGAGGACCAUCAAGUUAGGCGAGAGCCUAUGGGAAAUCAUAUUAUUGUGAGGAACAUGCUACUUGAAAUGCUUAUUGAUUUACAGGUGGCAAUAAAAUCUGAAGAGGUUCUCGAACAAUGGCACAGAAUAGUCUCAUCAAAAUUAAUUACAUUUUUUCUUGACGAGGCUAUUCAUCCAACUAGUAUGAGAUGGGUCAUGAUACUACUUGGAGUUUGCCUUACUUCUUCUUCAUUCUCACUUAAAUUCCAUAUUAGUGGGGGUUUCCAAGGAUUGACUGGCAUUCUCCCAAGUUUCUAUGACUCUCCUGAAGUAUACUACAUACUUUUCUGUCUGGUAUUUGGCAAAGAUGUUUAUCCAAGAUUACCAGAAGUUCGCAUGCUUGAUUUUCAUGCUCUUAUUCCAAGGUGUUUAAGUCAGAAUGAGUUAAAAUUUGUGGACCUAUUAGAAUCUGUGGUUGCAAUGGCAAAGACUACGUUUGAUAAGUUGAGCUUGGAAGCUACUGUAGCAUGCGAGGCUGGGGUUCAUUCACCAGUCAGUGCUUCCCUAACAGCUGAGCUUGCUGAAGAAACAAAACACAUUGGAGUAGAGCUCCAGGGAGAAGCCCUAAUGCACAAGACAUAUGCUGCUAGACUAAUGGGUGGAACUGCAGAAGCUCCAGCAGCUGCUGCUUCCAUUCUAAGGUUCAUGGUUGAUCUUGCCAAAAUGUGCCACCAAUUUUCAGCUAUCUGCCAACGAGCCGAUUUCCUCAAAUGCUGUGUUGACUUGUAUUUCUCCUGUGUGAGAGCUGCUUGUGCAGUGAAAGCAGCAAAAAAAAUGAAUCAGCAGACACCAGGAGACAGGAACUUGAAUGAUGCUGAUGACACACACAGCUUGCAACCUGCAUCUUGUUGCUUGUCUAAUCAACAGGAACUGCCUUCCAGGACGACCACGAGUACUGGAAGCUUUCCUCAAGUCCAAAUAAGUUCCAUUUCAGAAGAUUUGUCUGGCAUCCAGAACAUCAUCUCUGAAGACUGCAGGAACCAAAGAGGCACCUUUGAUCUCAUUUCUGGCCAGGCAUAUUUAGCUCAUGCUGUUGGUUCUCAAGAACUUGGGAUCCAGCAGAAUGAAGAGAUGCAUUCUUCUCUUCAGCAAACAGAUUCCUCCAGUUUUGCAUCUUCCUUGGUGCUUGAUGCCCCUGCUUUGUCUAGAAAAUCUAAUUGGAAGGUUGGGCGUGCGAAACUGGCUCCAUCAACAAUAGUAGCGUUGACUUCUUGGCUUGGUUCUGGUCAUUCAUCUAGUAAAGCACAGGUUGCUUCUAAUCCUUCCACAUGUUUUUCAUUGUCUUGGCAUGAAAUGGAGUCAUCACAUGAUUUGAAAUCUACAUUUCAGGGAUCCUUGGUUACAAAUAUGCCAUUUACCAUUAAUUCACAGCUUUUGCUGGAGAUGGAUGAUGCUGGUUCAGAAGGAGGUCCAUGUGUUGCAUCAGCUAGUGCAGUUCUAGAUUUCAUUGCAGAAGUGUUUGCUGAUAUGGUGACAGGGCAAAGUAAAGCUGCACAAGUUAUUGAAGGCGUUUUGGAGACUAUCCCUCUCUACAUUGAUAUGGAGUCCGCCAUUGUUUUUCAAGGUUUGUGCUUAAGUAGAUUAAUGAACUUCAUGGAGAGGCGUCUUCUGUGUGAUGAUGCGGGCACAGAGAAGGGUCUUGAUAAGAACUGUUGGUCUAUAAACCUUGACACUAUAAGUGGAAUGAUUGUGGAUCGUGUGUAUAUGGGUGCUUUUCCUCGACCUAGUGGAGUAUUGAAAACUUUGGAGUUUUUAUUAUCCAUGUUGCAGUUUUCCAACAAAAAUAGGUGUAUUCAAGAAGCUAUAUAUACAGGAAAAGGCCAGUUGCCUCUCACUAGAGGAAGUGAACAGCUUGAAUUAUACAUAUAUUCACUCCUGAAGAAUACCAAUCGCAUGAUAAUGUACUGUUUCUUGCCCUCAUUCUUGAGCACUAUUGGAGAAAAUGACUUACUUUCAAGAAUUGGCUUUCAAGUUGAGCAGAGGAAAAGUGUAUUAACAAAUAUGACGGAAAAAAAUACUUCUGAAAUUGAUAUUUGCACCAUCUUACAAUUGCUAAUUGCUCAUCAGCGGCUUGUGAUAUGCCCCGCCAAUCUUGAUACUGAUGUUACUUCUUGUCUUACAAUAAACUUGAUAUGCCUUCUCCGAGAUCAAAGACAAAAUGUGCAGAAGAUGGCAGAAGAUCUUCUCAAGUAUCUGUUGGUGCAUCGCCGUGCUGCCUUAGAGGAGUUGCUUGUUUCUAAAGCAACCCAUGGGCAAUACUUAGAUGUGCUGCAUGGAGGUCUUGACAGACUAUUAACUGGAAGUUCUUUGGCUUUUUAUGACUGGCUUCAGGCAUCUGAACAAAUUGUCAACAAAGUGUUAAAGCAAUGUGCUGCUAUAAUGUGGGCACAGUUUGUUGCUGGAUCAGCAAAGUUCCCUGGUGUGAGAAUUAAAGGUAUUGAAAUGCGCCGGAAAAGAGAAAUGGUGCGGAGGUUGCAAGAGGUGUCAAAGUGUGAGUUAAAGCACUUUGAGCAGCUGAAUGAGAGGAGAAAUGAACUAGGGUUGGUUCGUGAAGGAAUGUCAACUGAACUGAGAGUUUUGCAGCUAGACAAAUAUGGUUCCAUACUUCAUGCUGAAAGUGAGUGGCAAGGGCAGCUUGAACAAUUAGUGCAUGAGAGAGGAAUCUGCCCUAUCGAGAGGUUCAUUAAUGAGCCUCAGUGGCAACUUUGCCCCAUUGAAGGACCAUAUCGCAUGCGUAAGAAACUAGAACGCUGCAAACUGCGAAUUGGUUCUAUUGAAAGUAUUCUGAAUAGGCUCCGAGAUUUGGAGGGUGAUGAGAAAGAUGUUGAUCAUCCACUUGAUACUGGAACAGAUUUAGGGUCAAAUUUUCCCCUUUUAUCAGGUAGCAGCAAAAAGAAGUAUUUUGAUGGUAUAGAAUAUCAUGAUUCAUUUUUUGAAGAAACAGAGGAAUCUAAUGAAGAUCCCUUUUCGGCUCACAUUGGUUCAGAUGAUGAUAAUCCCAGCAGCAAGACUGAACCAAGUGUUAGUUCUGCUCUUGAGGUCGAAGUUAAGUCGAGCUCCUUUUCUACUCAAAGUGGAGAGAAUCCUAAGGUAAGGUCUGAUCUAAGUUCGCUUGAGCAAUCUACCUCAAUAAGUGUUGAUAAAUCAAAAGAUGUUGCCAAUAAGUUAGAGAAAAAAAUAUAUGACAAUGGUGAACAUUUAGUUAGGCCUUUUCUGGAGCCAUUUGAAAACGUAAGGUUUUGCUACAAUUGUGAACGUGUUAUUGGGCUUGAUAAACAUGAUGGAAUCUUUCUAGUUGGGGAUCUUUGUUUAUAUGUGAUUGAAAACUUUUAUAUUGAUGAUGCUGGCCGUAUCUGUGAGAAGGAAAGUGAGGACAAACUCUCUGUGAUAGAUCAAGCUUUGGGUGUAACAAGAGACACCACUGGCAGCUUAGACUUGGAGACUAGUUUCUCUGUGUCUUGGGAUAUGAGAGUUAAAACUUUGGUCGGUGGUAGAGCUUGGGCCUAUGCUGGUGGUGCUUGGGGAAAGGAGAAAAUAUACAAUAGCGGGGAUCUGUCUCAUCCGCGGCGAAUGUGGAAGCUUGAUGAUGUUCAUGAUAUUUUAAAACGUGACUAUCAGCUACGCCCUGUUGCGGUUGAAAUAUUUAGUAUGGAUGGUUGCAAUGAUCUGCUGGUCUUCCACAAGAAAGAAAGAGAAGAAGUUUUCAAGAAUUUGAUGGCAAUGGAUCUCCUGAAGAAUAGCAUGUUGUCCACCACCAUAAUCUCUGGUUCUUUAAAGCAAGACAAUAUUGAACAAAGUCGCCUUUUCAGAAUUAUGGCUCAAUCAUUUUCCAAGAGAUGGCAAAAUGGAGAAAUUAGCAAUUUUCAGUACCUUAUGCAUCUCAACACUCUUGCUGGACGUGGAUACAAUGAUCUCACACAGUAUCCUGUUUUCCCUUGGGUUCUUGCUGAUUAUGAAAGUGACACCCUAGAUCUUUCAGAUCCCAAGAUCUAUCGUAAGCUUGAUAAACCAAUGGGUUGUCAAACAGCAGAAGGAGAGGAGGAAUUUAGGAAAAGGUAUGAGAACUGGGAUGAUCCGGAUGUUCCCAAGUUUCAUUAUGGUUCACACUAUUCUACUGCAGCAAUUGUACUUUUCUAUCUUCUGAGAUUGCCACCAUUUAGUAUUGAGAACCAGAAGCUGCAAGGAGGGCAGUUUGAUCGUGCAGACCGCCUUUUCAGUAGCAUAAAGGAUACAUGGUUGAGUGCAUCCACCAAGGGCAAUACAUCUGAUGUGAAGGAACUCAUCCCAGAAUUUUUUUACAUGCCUGAGUUCCUAGAGAACAGAUUUAAUCUAAAAUUGGGUGAAAAGCAAUCGGGGGAGAAGGUUGGCGAUGUGCUGUUACCACCUUGGGCAAAAGGCAGUGCCAGGGAGUUUGUAAGAAAGCACAGAGAAGCACUAGAAUCUGAUUAUGUUUCCGAAAAUUUGCACCAUUGGAUAGAUCUUAUCUUUGGUCAUAAACAAAGAGGAGAGGCGGCAGAAGAAUCUGUAAAUGUUUUCUAUCAUUACACAUAUGAGGGUAGCGUGGAUAUCGAUGCUGUCUCAGAUCCUGCCAUAAAAUCUUCGAUCUUGGCACAGAUUAAUCACUUUGGUCAGACACCUCGGCAGCUUUUCCUUAAACCCCAUGGAAAACGUCGCUGUAAGUGGAAGCUGCCUGUUCGCAUGCUGCAGCAUUGCAACCAUUUGAUUCCACAUGAAGUUCACAAGGCAGCAUUUCCUAUAACUCAGAUAGUGACAUUUUAUGAAAAGAUUCUUGUGGUUGGCAUAAAUAAUCUUCUAGAACCUUUAAGUUACAGCACAUAUAUUGCAUGGGGAUAUCCUGACCGUAGCUUGCGAUUUAUAAGCUAUGAUCAGGGCAGGCUUCUGUCAACUCAUGAGAACCUUCAUGGAGGAAACCAAUUGUGGUGUGCUGGAGUUAGCCACGACGGCCAGGUUCUGGUGACUGGUGGUGAUGAUGGCAUUGUGUCUGUUUGGCAAAUUGUCAGGGAUGGAAACCAUGGUCAGCGUCAGUUGCAGUUGAAGAAGACUUUGUGUGCCCACACAGCCAAGAUCACAUGUUUGUUUGUCAGCCAGCCUUACACUCUGAUAGUGAGUGGUUCAGAGGAUUGCACUGUUUUACUCUGGGACCUUAAUGGCUUGCUAUUUGUAAAGCAGCUGCCUGAAUUCCCCGCACCUGUUUCAGCGGUGUAUGUAAAUGACCUGACUGGGGAGAUUGUAACUGCGGCUGGUAUUCUGCUUGCUGUGUGGAGCAUAAAUGGUGACUGUUUAGCAGUAGUGAAUACAUCUCAGCUACCGUCGGAUUUGAUCAUGUCAUUAACGGGUUCUGUCUUUUCAGACUGGCUGGAGGCAAAUUGGUUUAUCAGUGGACAUCAGAGUGGAGCCAUCAAAGUUUGGCGCAUGGUAUAUUUCUCAGAUGAAAUGAAGGCAAGCAGUGAAGCUAGUGGCAAGUCUGUCAGCAGUAAUAGGAUUAUGGAAGGGAACCUUGAGUUGGGUGUUAAGUCUGCCGAGUACAGGUUGAUGCUUUACAAGGUUCUCAAGGCACACAAAGACCCCGUGUUGGCAUUGCAUCUCACUUCUGAUCUUAAACAGCUAUUAAGUGGUGAUUCUGGUGGAAACCUGCUCUCAUGGACAUUGCCUGAUGAGAGUGUGAGAAGCUCUUCAAACCAGCACCGUGAAGGGUGAUCAAAAUGGUGGCUCUUCCUGCUUUUGCUUAAUUAGCAGAACCUGUCUCUAAUCUGCUUUUGACCUAAAGAACAUGUGUUCAGUAAAGCGCGAGGUAGAUCCAUAAUCUGUUUGAAAGCAUGGACCAUUUUGAUAAAUAACAAAGACUGGUGACAAGAUUUCUCAGCUGGCACAGACUGGCAGGACUUGGCAAGAAUCCAAUUUGACUAAUCUUUUCAGGAAGGAGAAAAGGAAAACCAGACUGAGAAGCCAAAUUGCUAAGAAAUGACGUGGAGAUCUGCUGACGCUGUUGGCUGCCUUUUUGACGAGCUGAUCAGCAGAAAAAGAAAUUUUCUCAAAUAUGCAUGUCCACACUGUGUAGGUUGUUGGUGUAAAUAAUUCGUUUCAUAUUCUUUUUGUUGUAUAGAGGGCGGUCCUGUCGGGUACAGGCAUUCUAAUGAUUCUAUGUUUUGGUGAUUCUUUGUGCGGAUGCAACAGCGGCAACUCUUUCCACAUUAACGUGGGUAGAAAAAAGGCUUGCCCUUGUGCAAGUAUGUAAUCAUGUUGUACAUUAUGUGGGUCGGUGUUUUUCUCUCUUGUUUUUUUUAUAGUUGUGUCAGUUGAUGUUCAAGCAAUGGUUCCUGGAAAUUCCUUCGUUAUUGUUAUAUGAACACAAAAAGCACGGGUUAUUUACAUUUUUUAUAAAUAAUCAAUCAUAUGAAGUCUUUACAUUUUUAA